AAAUUUCUAGGGUUUUUUUUUUUUAAUUCUUCCAUGUCCUUUUUUUUCUUGAAAUUUCACGAGGGUUAGGAUUCUUUUGUGUUUUAUUAGGAUUAUUCCUGUUUCUAUUUGUUUUAGGGUUUCAAUUUUCCAUUAGGGUUAAGUGUUUAUGUAUACCAUUGUAAUUCAAUUGUUAAGAUAGUUGAUAAGUUGAAGUUUCCGAGUUUAUAAUCUUGCAAUCGUAGUAGUUUUGGGUGAAACCAAGAACGAGCGUGAGGCCCCUGGAGCGAUUCCAGUUUAUCUUGUUCAUUGGAUCAUAGCAAUGAGCAAACGGAAACAGCCAGACUCUAGUUCCCCGGCGGACUCUUUGAGCCAGAACGAGCGAAUUCUAUACAAUGUGAUCCAUGGCAAGCAAGAUAUGGGGAUUUGGACACGAGACAUGAAGAAAGAGACAAACCUCCCUGACAAGGUGUUUAACGCAGCCUUAAAAACACUUCAAGCAAAGAAACUGAUACAAGAGGUUGUAAAUGUCCAAAGCAAGGGGAGAAAGCAUUACAUUGCUACAGAAUUUGAGCCCUCCAAGGAGUUAACCGGUGGGGCUUGGUACUCGGAGGGGAAACUCGACAAAGAUUAUAUAAACCUUGUAAAAGAUCAGUUUGCGAAGAUGAUAUAUCAGCAGAAGGUUGCGACGUUGGAGGGAAUUGCAGACGCAAUCAGAAAGACUAAAAUAUUCAAGACCGAGUUUACAAAACAGCAAACGGAGGAGAUUGUGAGGGAUUUGGUUUUGGACAAUCGAGUCAUGGAGGUGAAGAGCACCGGGAUGGGGGAGUUUGCUUCGAUUCAAAUUGGAAAAGUUUGCUAUAAAUGCAAAAGCAAGGGAGGUACUAGAGGAGAAACCAAAGUUGGCGCAAUGGCUUCUAUUCCAUGUGGAGUUUGUCCGCGGAUAAGUCAAUGUACACCGGAUGGGAUUAUUUCCCCAUCAACCUGUGUCUACUUCGCCAAAUGGUUGGACUUCUGAACUGAUUGUUGACCUAGACAAUUGUUAGGUUCAAAUGAAGUUGGAUUCUAAUCGAAGUAAUAUCUUUUUCGCUCAACUUAUACCUUCCUGCUGUAUUUUUCCAGGUUCUCUUCCUCCCUGCCUAAAUAUAACUUGUAGCAAAUCUUUUGGUUGUUUGAUUACUUGUGGUAAUGCUACAUUGGGUUGUCAAAUUUCUGAAAGCAAUUCAUGUUUUACUACCACUA